ACGGCCGAUCGUUAUAUAAAUAGUAAAUGCGCUAAAUAUAUGCUUAGGGCAAAUAUGAUUAAAGAAGCCGAAGAGAUGUGCUCUAAAUUCACGAGGGAAGGUGUUAACGCGUCAGCAAAUUUGAACGAAAUGCAGUGUAUGUGGUAUGAAAUCGAAUGUGCGAAAGCGUAUCGUCGCAUUGCGAAUUAUGGUGAGGCGCUCAAAAAAUGUCACGAAAUUGAGAGGGUAAUUGAUUGA